CUAAACAGUCCUCUCCCUGCCCACCUCUCCCUCAGUACAAGUCAGACUUCAGCAGGGAGCACACUGCACUCUUGGAUUACACUCAACCAUCACAGAAGGAGUAGUUUGUCUUGAGAGCGGCACAAAGCCCCACGGACCACAGCAGCAUGGGGAGCAGCAUGUCAUGUGUCCCCCAGCAUAACUUCAGAUUCUCCAGCAAGAGUUUCAUACGCAGAAACAGCAGUCGCUUGUUUCGCAAGAAGAAUCCCCAAGAGGGACAGGAGAAGUCCAACAGCAUCAUCAACAUCCUGUGCACUGUCACCCCCAGGAAGGAAAUGUCCCAUAAAGAUCUGCAGACGAUAGAGAACAUAAAAUGGGAUCCUCCCUACGACCCAGCCAGUGGCUGGAAGAAGAGCAGCAUCAAUGUGAAGAACUAUGGACGGAUGAUUCACAGCUCCAAAGUUCGUUUCCGUUUCGUGCACUGCCAGGAUGUACAUGACUGCUACCUGGAUCUCUUCCAGACACACCUUCAUUUCGUCUCCAACAACACAACCGGCUUGACAUACCAGGGAACUCUUCCGCUGAAAGAACUCACCAUCUCCAACCUGCAACAGAACUGCAACCACAGCCAACCGGAGGAAUACGCCUUUCAGAUAAACGGUGUCAGCCUUAACCCCAUCAUCGUCUACUGUGCCAGCCAAGAAGAGAUGGACCUCUGGUUUGGCUUGCUCAAGGAAAAUAUUGAGGCCAAUGGAGGAACCGCGUUUGCACCUGAAAACUACACCAGAGUGAAACUAAACCAGGUCGAGCCCCCUGAGGGUAGAGAGGAGCUAAGAAACUCCAUCAACAGAGAGCACAUCUACGAGUGGGAAGGCUCACAGCGGGACAGCCUGGGCGCCAUCACCUACGUCACUAAAGUCCGAUUGCAGCACCUGCCCUGCCAGGAACAGAGUGACAGACUGUUGGUGAUGUACCCAGCGACACUGAUCAUCCUAUCAGAGGAGGAUGAUGGACUCUUCUAUAAGGGAAAACUUCCACUCAACAUGAUCACCGUGACCACACCCUGCCAGGACGUCAAGCCCAACACCUUUAUGAUUGAAGGGAAGCUUAUCAACCCCAUAGUGGUGUCGUGUCUGGAUAGGACCGAGUUCUGUGACUGGAUCCAGCAUUUCAAAGCUGCUGAUGUGCCUGUUCUCUCCCCUCCACCCCCAGUAUAUGACAUCAUCUACACCCCAACGCAGAGAGAGGCACCACAGUUUGACAGGUGGAGUGGAAACAGCCAAGGACGAUCUGGGUCCCUGAAGUUCAGACAGUCACCCACAGGACGUGGGUCCCACAACCUUCAGUUACCCAUUCAUGAAAAUGACCCUCUCUCGCCAGGAUACACUGAGCCCCUCUGUUACAGCUCUAGUCGUCCCUCCUCGACUGAGACCGCCCGCCUGGGCAGCAGGACCAACAGCGUGUCUUCCCACUCCAGGCCAGAGCGAGACCUACGACCUUUGUCACUGCGCUACUCCUCCCCCCAGCGUGGCUCCUACCUCCAGCCCAUUGAGGCCUCAGUGCUGUCUCAGAUCUACAGCACACCCUACUCCGCCAUGAACCGCGCCAGCCCACAGCGGCUGGAGAAAGCGCCGCUUGUCAAGUCUAACAGCUGGAGCACACCUCAGACAUCCCUGAACUACUCCUUGAACCCCCCUCAGCGCCACUCGGACAUGUGUGCCCCCCGACAACCACUGUCACCACUGUAUGAUGAGCCCUGCAGCCCCGAGAUCUACUCCCUGGAUCAGGCCAAGCCAUUGCACAGCUGGCAAGAGCCGAUUCAGCUCCACCACCACCAGCGGGUUCCCGAGCUCGUUCCCUCCUCCUUCCAGCUCUGCACCCCCCCAAUGGGCAGGCGAUGCAGGAGAAGCCUGGUCCUGACCAACUCCCAGGGACAAGCUCUUGGCCUGGAGAUGGAGACUUCUCAGAACCAAGCGGAGCAGAGAGCAGAAGCCGUGUCAAGGCUAAAGCUGCUGCCCACGCCCGGCCAACUACAAGAGCAGAUUCUCCUCCCGUCGUGCUCAGUGAGGAACACAUCUCAGAUGCCUUAUGGCUACUCACCAGAUCACCACUCGUACCUUGAACCCACAGAGCCAGAUGACCAGGAAAUGGACUAUGACAACAUUUGGGAGUACGACUGUGAUACUGGAAUGAUUCAGCCAACGUCUGGAAUUUCGACACACCGGACAGGAUUAGACUUUGGGGCCAGAGGCCUUAGUGCCAUGGCAACCCAGCAGAGAUGGUCAUAAAACAAAACAAUAGCCCGGCACUCGUCUGGACGUGUGCAAACAACAGAUCUCUAUCAGGGAGAUAAUAAAAGCCAGCUAACACAGCCUGUGUUGCUCCUGCUGCUUACAGUAUGCACCAACAAAUCCCAUGAACUGCAUUGUUACAUGUUGGGUAGUCAAGCAGAGGGAGGACGGGUGCAGGAAUGAAGAGGAACAGGCUAUAAACAAAACAAUAUGAAAGCGUCAACUGUCUGUUUAAUAUGUAGCAUUCAAGAGAGGAGACAGAAGAGUGUACAUACUGUGUAGAUUAAUGUUAUUUUAUUAAAUGUAUUACAUAAUUGCACUAAAUGUUCAUAUGUGGUGCAAGAAGUAUUUUAUAACAUGCUGUCCAGUUUUCUUAUUGUUAUAUAUCUGGUUUGUUUCUCAUUAAAGCUAUAAGAGCAUUCCAUCAGAGCUUGUUAUAGUAAAGGAUGCAUUUUUGUAAAUGUUGAACAUUUAUUAUUUUAUUAUGUUACAUUAUUGAGUCAAAUAGAUGUGGCUUCAACUGACUGCCUCAUAUGUGUAAAUAUGGCUACUACUAUGGAGUACUGAUACCUGUGUGGCUUCCUUAUUAAUUUUUGUUUGAGGUGUUUAUUUAUAUUUGGAAAUAAAGCUGGAAAAAUUAAUCAGCAUGUUAC